AUGUCCGCGGUCCCAAGCUCGAGCUCGUCGGGCUCCGUACCCGCAGAGCAGCAAGCCAUCGAAGCGGUCAUGCAGGCUCUCAACACCCUCUACACGGAUCCCAACAACCAGGCCAAGGCUUCGGCCAACGCAUGGCUCCAGAACUUUCAACAGACCUCGGAGGCGUGGCAAACCGCCAACUCCUUGCUGCUCGCCUCCGAACUGCCUCUCGAACCUCGUCUCUUUGCUGCCCAGACCUUCCGUACCAAGAUCACCUUUGAUCUCGAGCAGGUGCCCAGACAGCAACGGGUGGCCCUUCGCGACACUCUACUCACAGCGCUCUCGGCCUACGCAUCAGGUCCUCGCGUGAUCCAGACACAGCUCAGUUUGGCUCUCUCCGGUCUCGCCCUUCAACUCGACGAGUCCGAGUGGCCCACCGUGGUGCCAGGAAUGAUCGAGAGACUUGGUGCGAGCCCAGAGACGGUUCCUGUCUUGCUCGAGUUUCUCACAGUGCUGCCCGAGGAGGUCAUCACCAACCACCGAAUUCCUGUCAGCAACGACUUUUACAACGCUCGAUGCCAUUUUUUGCUCUCGGCUGCUGCGCCCGAGAUCCUCAAGCUGCUCUCGAUGUACGUUCAGGCAACUGGAUUGACAUCGCAGAUUCAGACCGGGAUCUUUCAAUGCCUGCGGUCGUGGCUCAAGAGCGGCGAGGUCUCAGCGGGUCAGAUGGCCGACACGCCUUUGUUCGACUUGUCCUUCGAUGCACUCGCCUCCGACGAGCUGUUUGAUGUGGCUACGGAUGUCGUCUGUGACCUCAUCAAUGAGACGCAGGAGGUCGAGGAGAACAUGGACGUCAUCCAGCGUGUAGUCGCGCGUCUUCAUCCCCUGCGUCAGGAGUUGUCAUCUGCAGGCGAUGACGAGGACAAAGUGCGCGGCCUCUGUCGUAUCUUUGUUCAGGCCGGCGAGGCAUACCAUCGCGUUAUCCUUCGCCAUCAAAACGAACUGUUCCCCAUCGUCGAAGCAAUUGCCGAGUGCACGGCUUACCACGACCUCGAUAUCGUCCAGAUCACUUUUCGCUUUUGGUAUUUACUGUCCGGCGCCCUCUCGCACGCCUACGGCCAACCAGAAGCCGAACGAUUCCACUCGCUCUACGAGAGAUUGCUCGAGGUCAUCAUCCGCCACCUGCGCUUCCCAGACGAUCCGGAUGCACUCACGGGCCAGGAGCGCGACGAUUUUCGCUCUUUCCGUCACUUCAUGGGCGACACUCUCAAGGACUGUUGCCACGUCCUUGGCUCGCGCCAAUGUCUGUCGCGGUCGCUCCACCUCAUCCAAACGACCAUCUCGCAAUCGACGCCUGAGACGCUCAAGUGGCAGGACGUGGAGGCACCGCUGUUCAGUAUGCGUGCCAUGGGUGCCGAAGCGGAUCCGCGAGACGACCAAGUUCUGCCUCAGAUCAUCAACAUCAUCCCUACGCUUCCGGAUCACCCCAAGCUGAAGUACGCUGGACUGCUCGUGCUCUCGAGGUAUACGGAGUGGAUUGCCAUGCAUCCCGACCAGAUUCCGGCGCAGCUUUCGUACAUCAGUGCUGGGCUCGAAGAAGCGGGAAGCGACGUGACGGCGGCCGCGGCACAGGCCAUGAACUUCCUCUGCCAAGAUUGUCAUCGCCACCUGGUGCCGUACUUGCCACAGCUCUAUGACUUUUUCCGCUCGGUUAACGACAAACUGGGGCCCGACGACCUCGUGUCGAUCUCGGAGGGAAUUGCAUACGUGAUCGAAGGCAUGCAGCCCAACGAGGCACCGCAGGCGCUCAUGCAAUUCUCUCAGCCGCUCCUCGAGUCGCUCAAUCAAGUACUGAGCAUUGCCAACCCGAGCAAGGACCAACUGCGCAAAGCAGCCGACAGGAUGGAGCAGCUCGAAAAGAUGCUUGCCGUCAUUGGCACCUCGUUGAAGGAUCAUUUGCCGGAGGCAUGCUCCAAGACGUGCGAGGAGGCGUACUCGGUCAUCGACCAUGUGCUGAGCUUGCACGGUAACGUCUACUUUGUCUCGGAGCGAGCCUGUGGACUGCUUCGACGCGGACUGUCGCUCUUUGGCCGGCUUGCGGCGCCAAGUUUGGUGGCGCUGUUGGAACGAUUGGCAAUGUGCUUUGAACAAACCGGCUUCCCAGGCUAUGUAUGGAUCGUGGGCAAGUGCAUCGACCAGUUCGGUAGAGACGGCAACGCGGCUACCAGCGCAGCACUGCAAGGCGCUUUCGAGAGGAUUACGGGCAAGGUAGUGCAGCUGAUGGACAACACGAUGCCUGCCGAGAUGGGCGAUGUGCUGGACGAUUACAUCCACACAUGUUUGGUGGUGCUCAACAACGCACCGAGCAUGCUGCUGCUGUCGCCCCAGUUGCCGCAGGUGUUCCGUGCGGCUCUGGCUGCGUUGACGCUUCUCAAGACCGAGACGGUGGCAACGGCGUUGGACUUCGUGCUCGGCAUCGUCGGACACGACGCUCUCAUGAUGCCGGUGACCGCCUCGCAGCCCGGCACACCGCUGGCUGCCCGCGGUGGUCUCAACGCGGAUGGCACGCCGUCGAUGGACGAAUUGGCCCACUACGCCGCCGCCAUCCGACACUUGGUCGGGCAACAGGGCUUCCAGCUCGCCUCGGUGCUGCUCAACGGCCUGGUGACGCAGUUCAACCCGGAUGUGAUGCAGGUGGCCACCACGACGCUCAAGGUGCUCUCUGCCGGGUUCCCGGGCGAGAUGGGUGCCUGGGUGCCAGGGAUCGUGGAACAGCUACCAACGAGCUAUGUGCCCGACGCGGCCAAGGAAACAUUCUUGAAGCGCUAUCUGCGCGCUAUUAACGGCAUCAAGAGCAUGGAGGAGAUCAAGCAGUCCUUGCACGGAUUGUUUGCGGCUUCGCGCCAGGCGAGGGAGAGGACGCGGGUGAACCGCGAAGGAGGACCAGGUGGGCUGUUGGAUCGUUGA